UUAGAAACGUACGUUCGACUGACUGGCCAUAACUCAACCUUUGCUGGUCGCGUCGAAGUGUUUUCACAUGGAGUCUGGGGACGUGUGAUAAGCUAUCCUUAUUAUUGGCGUAAAAAGGAGGCUGACAUUGUGUGCAGGCAGCUCGGUUUCCCAGAAGCCAUUACCGCUGUGGGGUACUCAGCUUUUGGAGAGGGUUCAGGACCGGUUUUGAUGUCAGGUGUACGGUGUCUAGGUACAGAGAAAACUUUACAACGAUGUUCAUACCAAGACUGGGUCGACAGCGAUCUUUCGCCAGGUUAUGAAGUGGGAGUGAUUUGCAAGACUUUUAAUUUACAACCUGAUAACAAUGGUAAGCAAUUUUUAUAAAGACGUAUCUAAGUUAUCUGGUUAUUGAUCAUUUCAUUUCGAUAGUUUCCUUUAAAAUUCAAAUGUCGUGCGCCCUGCGAAUUUCUGAAAGCUCAAAGGCUGAUUGCUGUUAAUGAAAACAACAACAACAAAAACCUUUCUCAGUUUUCAAAUCUACCCUAACCCAUCUCCCAAAUUGAUUUCUUUGGCGGUGAUUGGCGGAAUAUAUUUCCUGGCGAGUCAAUGUUAUCCUGGUCGUAGCUAUAGAAGAGUGUUCUCAAAAAAGCAGUCCUGGCCUUGACGUGAGGUCCCUAGUGGCAAAAUCGGGGCCGGGAAAACACUCUAUUUUGUUCUAAAAAGUAAAGGAGGGAUUCUGGUCAAAAGCCUUGUUUCUGCACUUACCAGAAGUUAAUAGAAAAACAAGAAACGAAAAUAGCCAAACAAAUACUGGAGAAUAUUGGAUAUGGCCUGGGAGUAACGCCAUAACCCACUUUAAUGAUAGUCAAAAAAUGAACAUAGCUACAGCAAAGGUAAUUAAACUAAAGCUACAUGUAAGCGUACCAGGGUGGCCAGAAAAAACCUGCCCCAAAAAACCCCGUAGGGAAAAAAGGGCAGGAAAUCUGGGACGGGCCAGGCACAUCUUACGUCCCCCGCCAGGACUCUAUAUAUUAAAUAAAUUGCUCAAAAUUACAAAGCCAGCAAAAGCGAAAAUCUAAUUCCGAUUAAACAAUCGCCAACGAAUACUGGAAAAUAUAUAAAGAUAAAAUAUAUAUACGAAUAUCAUAGACAACUAAAUGGAAAGUUCCUUAGAUACGGCUAAACGCUCGCUAAGAUCAUGCUUAAUAUAUCUGUGCUUAGUGGAUUCACACCUCCAACCAGCAUGAAUAUCUAACAAGUCGCCAGCUAUUUUCCUACAAGCCGGAUUUGAAGCCGCGCCAGACUUCAUACUAUGUGUGCCGUACUUAGAAAUAUCACUAACAAAUGGUCUGAUAUGCUUCUUAAAUUCCUCCCUAAAAGUGGAAACAGAAACACCCAAACUACAAUGAAAAUACUCCUUAGACUUGGCUUUGACAAUUCUGCGAACUAAAGGCAACGCAGAGGAAGACUGUGGCAAAAGCUUAAUCAACCGCUCGGUCACGGCUACAGGACAAGUAACCUUGCCGGUUCUAGCGAGAAAAGCAGUGUGGCCUUCCCUAUACUGAUCGUUUUUGCGCUGAGGUAAAUAAACUGACAUAUGAUCACUAUGUAUUGAGACAUCACGAAGUGCUAUAUUCCUAAUCUCGUCAAUGCGAAAAAAGCCUGCAAAACCAACUAAAAGAAUAAAUAAAAACGAAGAUCGGAAAGUGAAGCGCUUGAGGCAAAAUGCGUAGCAAUCGCCUGUACGGUGCUAACCGACAGCGGCUCCUUAGGCUGAACAGGUCGGGCAAGCCUUCUUUUGGCGCCUUCUAACGCAAACUUUACUAAGGGAUGGCUAACAGGACAAGCCUCAAAACCGGCCAUUGCGUGGCCCCACUUAAUAGCAUAAACGGCAGAUUCUAUAGAAGAUACACCGAUGUUAUUCUCGGAAGAACGCUUAGCUAGCUCGGAGAUAAACAAUGCGAUAUGCAAAGGUUUUGCUGGAAUAACGGGAACACCAAUCUUCGACAGAGCCCACUCGCGCCACCUCAACCAGCCAGACUUGUACUUCAGCACCGUGGACGGAGCCUUAGCAUCUAAUUGCAGAUUAAUAAGGCCUGGAACCAUGUCACUCAAAGAGGAAUCGGACAAUGAGGCUGCUUCAAGCCAAAUCCCGGAACUCAGAACAUCUGAAAGAAAAGAAAAUAUCGUGAAAAUCAAACAAUUACUGCGCUAAUGACCAAUUCCAGCAAAAAUACCGAUGUAGGCACAAAACACACGUGUCGAGACCACAUUGACUCAAAAGCACGCCAAAAAGGCUCAAACUAUGCCAAGUCAGGCUCAAACUAUGCCAAAUCAGGCUCAAACUAUGCCAAUUCAGGCUCAAAAUACGCCAAAUCAGGCUCAAAAUAUGCCAAAUCAGGCUCAAAACACUAUCCGUGACAGUACGAAAAACUCACCCAAAAUCCACGCGCAAAGCCAACAUUCUGAAUUUUGGGCAACCGUGAAAAAACGGACGGGUGAGACUUAUAGAUCUGCC